CAGCUUUCACGUUAUCCUAUAACCACUUCAAUUGCAUCCACGUGCUAGAGCGGCUAUCAGAAUGCGCACAGGCGGCCUUGCGGUUCGCCUAUAUUGCAUUUACCUGGGUCAUCUCAUGAUGGGUUGUGACCUCCGCGGACGCUCAUCUAAAUCGCUAGGCGAGAUAACAGCUUCUAGUGACAUUCUGAACCACUCUUAGUCGACAACUUCGAUCAUGGAACAUCAGGAUAAAUUUCCAAGGUCAAAUCGCAACAUUGGCUAUAAAAAGAGGACCUUGUCCAGUUUCGGGACAACGACCCGUGUCCAGCCUGAUUCAAUCAACGACAAGGACUUGUAGUUGAACGACCCUUGUCUUGAGGCUUUUCGCCAUGGAUCGUGUCGUGACUCUCGUUUCUGCUGUGUUGACGGCAUCCGCUCUCUUCGCCAACUCGGCCAGGGCAUCUGCCCAAAAUGACACCAUCCCGAUGCAACUCAGGCUGGCGUAUGCCGGACCAACCGGCAUGGUUGUUAGUUGGAAUACUUACUCGCAAUUGUCGCACCCAACUGUCCGUUACGGUCGUGACCCCGAGCACCUGAACCGCGUUGCUUCUUCCAACAUCUCUGUUACCUACCCUACAUCUACGACCUACAACAACCAUGUUUCUAUCCCGGAUUUGGAGCCCGACACGCUUUACUACUAUCAACCUAUUAAUAGCAACUCCUCGGUUCCCUACACCUUCAAGACCAGUCGUCGCGCAGGCGACAAAAGCCCCUACUCGAUCGCGGUUGCCAUCGAUAUGGGUCUCAUGGGCCCUCGAGGUUUGACCACAACAGUAGGCGCUGGAGCUGGCCACCCUCUUGGUCCCCAUGACAACAACACAAUUCAAUCCUUGCAGGCUCAGGGCGCUGGCACGGACUUCCUGUGGCAUCCCGGUGAUAUUGCCUACGCGGACUAUUGGCUGAAGGAGGAAAUCCAGGGUUUCCUCCCCAACACCACAAUCGAGGAUGGUGCCAAGGUCUAUGAGUCGCUUCUUAACCAAUACUAUGACGAAGUUUCCGCGAUCUCCGCUCGGAAGCCGUACAUGGUUGGACCUGGUAACCAUGAGGCUAACUGUGACAACGGUGGUACCACGGACAAGGCGCACAACAUCACCUACGACGUGUCCAUUUGCAUGCCUGGUCAGACCAACUUCACGGGCUUCCGCAACCAUUUCCGCAUGCCCAGUGCCCAAUCCGGCGGUCUCGAAAACUUCUGGUACUCCUUCGAUCACGGCAUGGUGCACUAUGUCACUCUCGAUACUGAGACCGACCUCGGCCAUGGAUUUAUUGCCCCUGAUGAGCCCGGUGGUCCUGAGGCUGAGAACAGCGGUCCGUUCGCCGUCCGCAAUGCCCAGCUGAACUGGCUUAAAAAGGACUUGGCUUCUGUUGACCGGAAGAAGACGCCCUGGAUCGUAGUUGCUGGCCACCGUCCCUGGUACGUCAGCGCCACGAACAAGAGUAGCACUAUCUGCGAAGAGUGCCGGGAAGUUUUCGAACCGCUCUUCCUGGAGUACACUGUUGACCUUGUCCUCUCCGGUCACACCCACUUCUACGAGCGCAACGCGCCUAUCGCAAACUUUAACGUCGACCCCAAGGAACUCGACAACCCCAGCGCGCCAUGGUAUAUCACCAACGGUGCUGCGGGUCAUUAUGAUGGUCUCGACUCCUUGGUCUAUCCGCUUCAGAACUAUACCCGCUACGCAACGGAUUCUGUCUAUGGCUGGAGCAGACUGACUUUCCACAACUGCUCGCAUAUGACCCAUGAGUUCGUAGCCAGUGCCAAUGGUACUGUUUUGGAUACGGCGACGCUGUUCAAGGAUCGCAAGUGCUGAAGUGCUGAAGUGCUGAAUGCUGAAUAUCUUCCGCGGACUUAGAAACCCGGGAAUAGCUGCGUCUUUUUUGCGAGAGGUGUGUUAACAGCUAUUUUAUAGUUACUGUAAUAGUAGUAGUAGAAUUCAUUUAUGUAUCUGUUAACAUAGGGAAAGGUACUAAUUUAGUGGAACAAUGCUGCAACUGCGCUAAGGUAAUGGGGACUACUUAGGGAGAACCUCUGGAGAUAAGGCUAGUAAUAGUCUCGAGAAAGUUAUAAGAGAUAAAAAGCUUAUUAUUCCUGG